CGUAAGAUCCGGGCCUGGGCCAGGAUGAAUGCAAAUUUCAAAGAUGGCGGCGGAGGGAGGAGGGAAGGAGAUGAACGAGAUCAAAACUCAGUUCACGACCCGAGAAGGCGCAUACAAACUCCUCACGCACUCCGAGUACAGCCGCCCCAACCGGGUGCCUUUCAACUCGCAGGGCUCCAACCCCGUGAAGGUCUCGUUCGUAAACGUGAACGACCAGUCCGGCAACGGCGACCGAAUCUGCUUCAAUGUGGGCCGGGAGCUGUACUUCUACAUCUACAAAGGCGUCCGAAAGGCUGCAGACCUAAGUAAGCCAAUAGACAAGAGGAUAUACAAGGGAACGCAGCCCACCUGCCAUGACUUUAACCACCUUACUGCCACGGCAGAGAGCGUAUCAUUGUUGGUGGGUUUCUCAGCCGGCCAGGUGCAGCUCAUUGACCCUAUCAAGAAGGAGACAAGCAAGCUCUUCAAUGAAGAAAGACUAAUAGAUAAAUCUAGAGUGACUUGUGUAAAAUGGGUGCCAGGCUCUGAGAGCCUCUUCCUUGUAGCUCAUUCCAGUGGAAACAUGUACUUGUAUAACGUGGAGCAUACAUGCGGCACGACAGCCCCUCACUACCAGCUGCUCAAACAGGGUGAGAACUAUGCUGUGCACACGUGCAAGAGCAAAUCCACGCGCAACCCUCUGCUCAAGUGGAUGGUGGGCGAGGGGGCACUGAAUGAGUUUGCCUUUUCUCCCGAUGGGAAGUUCCUGGCCUGCGUGAGCCAGGACGGUUUCCUCCGCGUGUUUAACUUUGAUGCGGUGGAGUUGCACGGGACCAUGAAAAGCUAUUUCGGGGGACUGCUUUGUGUGUGCUGGAGCCCGGAUGGGAAAUACAUUGUCGCGGGUGGAGAGGAUGACUUGGUCACCGUGUGGUCGUUUGUGGACUGUCGAGUCAUAGCACGGGGCCAUGGUCACAAGUCGUGGGUAAGCGUGGUGGCAUUUGACCACUAUACCACUAGCGUGGAGGAGAGCGACCCCAUGGAGUUCAGCGGGAGCGACGAGGACUUCCAGGAUCAAAUCCACUUUGGCCGCGACCGGGCCAACAGCACGCAGUCACGUCUCUCCAAGCGCAACUCCACGGAUAGCCGACCGGUCAGCGUCACCUACCGCUUUGGCUCGGUGGGUCAGGACACUCAACUGUGCCUGUGGGACCUCACGGAGGACAUCCUGUUCCCCCACCUCCCCCUGUCUCGAACCAGGACCCACACCAACGUUAUGAACGCUACAAGUCCCCCAGCCACAGGAAGUGGAGGAGGCGUGAGCAGCACGGUCGUCACGACGACUAAUAACCCCAGUACGAACGGCAGCAACAACAGCGGCGCAAACACGCCGGGGAACUCCCUGCCCACACCGCUUCCACGCUCCAACAGCCUGCCACAUUCAGCAGCUGCCACCACUGCUAACAGCAGCAAAAGCAGCGUGAUGGACAAUGCCAUUGCCUCGGGUGUCAGCAAGUUUGCCACGCUUUCGCUGCAUGACCGCAAAGAUCGCCACCAUGACAAGGACCACAAGCGCAAUCACAGCAUGGGCCACAUCAGCAGCAAGAGCAGCGACAAGCUCAACUUGCUCACCAAAACCAAAACGGACCCAGCCAAGACACUGGGCACGCUACUGUGCCCACGUAUGGAGGACGUACCCCUGCUCGAGCCGCUCAUCUGCAAAAAGAUAGCACAUGAGAGACUCACUGUUCUCAUCUUUCUAGAGGACUGUAUAGUCACCGCUUGUCAGGAGGGAUUUAUUUGCACAUGGGCGAGGCCUGGCAAAGUGGGUUUAUUGUCAUCCCAAAACCAAGCCAACUCUCCCAGUGGAACAGUAGUAUAGCCACAAUAUUUCUGCUGCUAAGAACCCUGCAUCACACCGCUGUCACAGCCCUGUGCUGCUCUUCAUCUUCACUUCAUCUUUUAUUUGCAACCCCCAUACCCCCCUCUGUUUUCAUUUCUUAAACAUUUAUUAUUGGUUGCCUCACAUGGUCUACUUGCACAGUGGACUUGUUAAUACUGUGCACAAAUGGAAAUAGUGUGGUGCAAUGAUGGAGUGAUGGACUGUAGCCAUGUCAAUUU